CCAGAUCGUUUUCCCAUGCAGCGAUAGCCUCAGUACAGAUUGCGGUCCCUGAGUAGAGCAUCUGGAUUAGCGCACGGAGAGCGCUAUAUACGCAGCUGCAGUGCACUUUGUGGAGAUUUUCACGAAUCAGAUCAUACCCCUCAUUUAUUCUGCUGCCUUUAGGCGGAUUUAUGUCACUUUACUGUUUGACACUGUAACGGGAUCCCUACAUUAUUUUAGUUCGCAAAUGUGCAUGGUUUGUCAUCCAAAUUCGAUUCUAAUGAACCAAGGCAACUGAAAAGAAAAAAGGGACCCUAACAGUGGACAAGCUCAGGGAUGGCAACACACUAUAUUGUAUUAUAUCUUCUGACAGCCUUUACUAUACAGCAUCAUGUACUUGCGGUUCAAGAGGAAGAUUCAGAGAUGUCUCCUCAAGAAGAGAGCUUUAUUCAUGUCAGUGUCACUCGGAAUAAGAUCAUGACAGCUCAGUAUGAGUGUUACCAAAAAAUAAUGCAGGAGCCUGAACAUGGAAAACAAGGCCGGUAUUGUAACAGAACAUGGGAUGGCUGGUUAUGUUGGGGAGAUGUUGCUGCUGGAGCAGUAUCGGAACAGCGCUGUCCUGACUACUUUCAGGAUUUUGAUCCUUCAGAGAAAGCUACAAAAGAAUGUGAUGGGGGUGGACAGUGGUUCAGACACCCUGAGAGUAACAGAACAUGGACCAAUUACACUCAGUGUAAUACAUUCACUCAUGUAAAAGUAAAGACAGCUCUCAAUUUGUACUAUUUAUCAAUCAUUGGGCAUGGAUUAUCAGUAGUAUCACUUUUAAUAUCCUUGGCUAUCUUCUUUUAUUUCAAGAAUUUAAGCUGCCAGAGAAUUACGCUGCAUAAAAAUUUGUUUUUCUCCUUCGUUUGCAAUUCUAUUGUUACGAUCAUUUCUCUAACAGCCGUGGCCAACAACCAAGCGUUAGUUGCAACCAACCCAGUAAGCUGCAAAAUAUCUCAAUUCAUCCACUUUUACCUGAUGGGAUGUAACUAUUUUUGGAUGCUGUGUGAAGGAAUAUACUUACACACGCUUAUUGUGGUGGCUGUUUUUGCAGAAAAGCAACAUUUAAUGUGGUACUAUUUACUAGGAUGGGGAUUUCCAGUUAUCCCUGCGUGCAUACAUGCAGUUGCCAGAAGUCUAUAUUAUAACGACAACUGUUGGAUUAGUUCGGACACUCACCUGUUGUAUAUCAUUCAUGGACCUAUUUGUGCGGCGCUCUUGGUAAACCUUUUUUUCCUGCUGAACAUAGUGCGUGUUCUUAUAACAAAACUAAAAGUUACCCAUCAAGCAGAAUCCAAUCUGUACAUGAAAGCUGUAAGAGCAACUCUUAUCCUUGUGCCUCUGCUUGGAAUUGAGUUUGUGUUGUUUCCAUGGAGACCAGAGGGAAGGAUAGCAGAAGAAGUAUAUGACUAUGUUAUGCAUAUACUUGUGCAUUACCAGGGAUUGCUGGUUGCAACAAUAUUCUGUUUCUUUAAUGGAGAGGUUCAGGCAGUCCUAAAAAGACAUUGGAAUCAGUACAAAAUUCAACUUGGAAUUAGUUUUGCCCAUUCGGAGGGUCUUCGUUCUGCUUCAUACACAGUGUCCUCAAUCAGUGAGGUCCAAGGCAGCACGUACAUGGCGGAUUAUAGCAGUGAACAUUCAAAUGGAAAGAACUGUCACGAUAUGGAAAAUGUGGUUGUCAGAUCAGAAAAGUUAUACAUGUAAAAUCAAUAUUUAUCCUGCUUUUAUAUGAAUGGUUCUGUUACUUAUUCCAAACGAGGUUAAACAAACAAGGUUUUCUAGGAAACUUUCCAACUACACAGCAUUCUAUUUUAAAACGGCCUGUGUUUAUUUACUUUGAACUCGCAGUCAGCCAUAAACAGAUCC